AUGGACGACACUGGACGUGACCAAGCGUCGACUUUGAGCGAUGAGGAGCGCGCAACGGACUCACCACUACCACUGCCACGUACCCCCGUUGACGCGUCUGCGUCUGGUGCGUCGAACACGUCUUUUCCGACACGCAACAGCGGCCUCGUUGCUCCAGUAGAAGCUUCACUCCUCGACCUAUCACCGUCGAGCGACACGGGCACAUCUGCCGUCGACAUACCCGCGCCCCAGCGCCUGCCACGAGCCGAUAGAACGGACCACAGGUCACUGACAUCGCCAGUCCACUCUAUGGCCCGAAAGCACCGUCAAAGUAGCGGCCAGUCGCCGUCUGAGACACUACCAAUGUCUCUAGAGCGUCCUUUACUAUCGGAUUCGCAGUGGGAAAGAGAGAUCGCGGGCUUUGGCGCCGUGCUCAACAACGUGCUCCACUGUGUGACCAAUCGGGAGCUCGUGGCCAAGACGGCCGAGUACAUGGCGGCGUUCCCUCAUCACGCGCGGCGGUUCCAGAUCAAGAUGAAGCAGCGAGCUCAUGCCGAGAAAGCACGGGGAUUCCAAGCCAAGUUGAUGCUGUUUUACGUGCUGCAUGAAUUCCUUAAGUCAUUUGAUGGAGAUCGACUGGAGCAGGUGCAGCGUGAGUGGUUCCAGACAGUAGACGAAGUGCUGAAUGCCUGUGCAAGAGAGAUUCGUUGUGGGGACAAGCGAAGCAUGGAGGAGAACCGGAAACGAGUGUUUAAGACACUUGCGCGGUGGGAAGAGCUGAAGCUGUAUCCAAGGAAAAUCAAGGCGUGGAAAAGCGUAGUAAUGGGAGAAUGCAAGCCACGCAGAGCCCCCAUGUCCCUGCCGCGCAGCGAAACAGAACGACAGGCGGAGGCCCCCGACCAGCUUCAGUCGUUCGAACUAGCACCUCCAAACACACAUCAGCCACAGCUAGAUCGAUCGAACUGCCCACUGGUCUUCGAGCGUUACAGCUUCGAGAGCAAGCUUGAAGAGAGACAGCACUGGCGCUGCACCGCGAUUGCUUUCAUCGAUAUUUUGUCGCGGUGUCUUGGCCUGGGCAGUGAUAUUUCGCUUACUGCGUGCACCUUCUUCCACCGCGUAUUCGAUCGAGGCAUUUACGCCCGAGAGCGGUACAAAUUUGCAGCAGCUUGUCUCUUUCUAUCAGCCAAGGCAUCGAGUAAGCGUAUGAAGCUGUUGCGUAUGGUACGUGUCAUGUACGACAUUUUGGAGACCCCGCUAUUUGCUGGCGAUGAGGAGUUGUUGGAGAUCGAGCGGUUGCAACUGCUGUACUACGAGAUGGAAGUGUUGCAAGGAAUUGACUUCGAGCUGACAAUCGAAAUGCCAUUCUACGAUUUGCGCCGCGUGCUGGACAAGAUGACUGAGAAGUUCCGUCUCCAUGUCGACGACGACGCACAAACAGUCCUAGAAGAAUUGUUUUUCCUGCCAGCAUGUAUCGAUAUGUCGCCGCGGCUGCUCGGCGAGAGUGCAGCUUACAUCGCAACCUGGGCGAAGGGCAAAGAUUUUAAGUUCAAAUGGUGUAGCUCGGAUCAGGAAGGCGAGCUUUUCAACGAGCGGACAGCGAAGAAUGUACUUCGGUAUUAUCGAUCACUUCAGAGGUGGAAGGACCGUCAACAGGCAGAGUUCGAUGCACUGGUCAAAUCGUCAGCUUCAUUGGAAGGCGACAAAGUGGUAAAUCUCAAGAAUGCGUUUGAGCAUCAGCUAGGUGGUCUCCGUCUGGACCCUUCUCUUAUUCUGAACGAGGCGGAGUAUACGAAGAAGACAGAGGAGGACUCGAAAGCGUGGGCAAAAAGCGAUAAGAGGAAUGGCAGCGGUGCAUGGUCAAGCAAGCAACAAGUAUCAAGACGGUGCAAUCGAACUGAAAGCUACGCGAAACGAUACAGAGAUGAUGAUGAACCGCGGAUCAAGGUCGAAACCUUGCCACUCGCGAGUAAACAAGAAGAUAAGGAUCGGUACGAGUACAGCAAUGAUCGCGACCGGGAUCGUUAUCAGCCAUCGAGCCGUAGCCGGAGUCGCAGCGGCAGUGGUUCGCGCUAUAAAAGUGCAAGUGGGUAUACGGUCAAGUAUGCUCGUGACCACAGUCGCGCGCGCAGUGGAGAUCGUCGUGAUCGUGAUCGAUAUGACUACGAUGACUACGACGAUUACAACGACAGAGACCGAUAUCGUGAGCACAGGCGAGGAGAGGACAAGUACGAAUCUCGAGACAGAUCAUAUUACUCGGACAGGGAUCAUCGGGGUCACGACCGAUACAGCAGUCAAGACCUUGACUACCGUCGUGAUCCAUCCUACUUCGACCGUCGCGAUCGUAAGAAAGAUCGUCGUGGCUAUCAUGAGAGCGACAGCCGCAGCACUAGCCGUAGCAGCAGCCAGUCUCGAAGCCCUCGCAAUUUUACACGGAGCAGCAGCAAGCGUCAACGAAAGUACGAAAGUCGUGGUCACUCGGAAAGUCGGAGUCGCAGUUCCAGCCGAAGUUACAGUCGAGACCGUAGCGAGUACUAUCGGGUUGAGGAGACUGUACAGUCGUCGUCGUCGUCGUUCAAACGGGGGCGAGCGAGCAAAUACGGCACCAUUCGUUCGAGCCGCCAGAAGACGAAACGUUCUCGUGUUAAGCAAGAACGUAGCGUGGUCUAG